UGAGGGUUAUUUAAAGAAGGGGGGGCUGAGCGAAGGGGUUGGAAGCGGAGUGAUUCCCCACCCCUGCUCCAUCUAGCUCUUUCCAGUGCAGCCACUGCCGCCGCCCAGGAGCUCUCGUCCCCUUCCUCGUUCCCGCUCCAACGCAAUGGAGCCGGACACCGCUGCAGUGGCAGCCACCGUGGCAGCUGCUGAUGCGACCGCCACAAUCGUGGUCAUAGAGGACGAGCAGCCGGGGCCAUCCACCUCUAAGGAGGAGGGAGCGGCCGCCGCGGCCACCGAAGCCACCGUGGCCACGGAGAAGGGCGAGAAGAAGGAGAAAAAUGUUUCUUCAUUUCAACUCAAACUUGCUGCUAAAGCUUCUAAAUCUGAAAAGGAAAUGGACCCAGAAUAUGAAGAGAAAAUGAAAGCAGACCGAGCAAAGAGAUUUGAAUUUUUAUUAAAGCAAACAGAACUUUUUGCACAUUUCAUUCAACCGUCAGCACAGAAAUCUCCAACAUCUCCUCUGAACAUGAAAUUGGGACGUCCUCGAAUAAAGAAAGAUGACAAGCAGAGCUUAAUUUCUGCUGGAGACUACCGCCACAGGCGCACGGAACAAGAAGAAGAUGAAGAGCUACUCUCAGAGAGUCGGAAAACAUCUAAUGUGUGUGUUAGAUUUGAGGUGUCACCUUCAUAUGUGAAAGGAGGACCAUUGAGGGAUUAUCAGAUUCGAGGGCUGAACUGGUUGAUCUCUUUGUAUGAAAAUGGAGUCAAUGGUAUCUUGGCAGAUGAAAUGGGUCUUGGUAAGACUUUACAAACGAUUGCUUUGCUUGGUUACCUGAAACAUUACCGAAACAUUCCAGGACCUCACAUGGUUUUAGUUCCAAAGUCUACUCUAUACAACUGGAUGAAUGAAUUUAAACGAUGGGUCCCAUCUCUCCGUGUUAUUUGUUUCGUCGGAGACAAGGAUGCAAGAGCUGCUUUUAUUCGUGAUGAAAUGAUGCCAGGAGAAUGGGAUGUUUGUGUUACUUCUUAUGAGAUGGUAAUUAAAGAAAAAUCUGUAUUUAAAAAGUUUCAUUGGCGAUACCUAGUCAUUGAUGAGGCUCACAGAAUAAAGAAUGAAAAAUCUAAGCUUUCAGAGAUUGUUCGUGAGUUCAAGUCAACUAACCGCUUGCUCCUAACUGGAACACCUUUGCAGAAUAACCUGCAUGAACUCUGGGCAUUACUCAACUUUUUAUUGCCUGAUGUCUUUAAUUCUGCAGAUGACUUUGAUUCUUGGUUUGACACUAAAAACUGUCUUGGUGAUCAAAAACUUGUGGAAAGACUUCACGCAGUUUUAAAACCAUUUUUGUUACGUCGUAUAAAAACUGAUGUAGAGAAGAGCCUACCUCCUAAAAAGGAAAUAAAGAUUUACUUGGGACUGAGUAAGAUGCAGCGAGAAUGGUAUACAAAAAUCCUGAUGAAAGAUAUUGAUGUGUUAAACUCUGCUGGCAAGAUGGACAAGAUGCGACUCUUAAACAUUCUGAUGCAGCUUCGAAAGUGUUGUAAUCAUCCUUACCUGUUUGAUGGUGCUGAACCUGGCCCACCUUAUACCACUGAUGAGCACAUUGUCAGCAAUAGUGGUAAAAUGGUAGUUCUUGAUAAACUCUUGGCCAAACUGAAAGAACAGGGUUCAAGGGUUCUCAUUUUUAGCCAGAUGACUCGCUUGCUGGACAUUCUGGAGGAUUAUUGUAUGUGGCGUGGUUAUGAGUACUGUCGACUGGAUGGACAAACCCCACAUGAAGAAAGAGAGGAUAAAUUCCUAGAAGUGGAAUUACUGGGUCAAAGGGAAGCAAUAGAGGCCUUUAAUGUUCCUAAUAGUAGUAAAUUCAUCUUUAUGCUGAGUACCAGAGCUGGGGGUCUCGGAAUUAACUUGGCAAGUGCUGAUGUGGUUAUACUAUAUGAUUCAGACUGGAAUCCACAGGUUGAUCUACAAGCUAUGGAUCGAGCACAUCGUAUUGGUCAGAAGAAGCCAGUACGUGUGUUCCGUCUCAUCACUGACAACACUGUUGAAGAAAGGAUUGUAGAAAGAGCAGAGAUAAAACUGAGACUUGACUCAAUUGUUAUACAACAAGGAAGACUCAUUGACCAACAGUCUAAUAAGCUGGCAAAAGAGGAAAUGUUGCAAAUGAUACGUCAUGGAGCCACCCAUGUUUUUGCUUCUAAAGAAAGUGAGCUGACAGAUGAAGAUAUUACAACUCUCCUAGAAAGAGGGGAAAAGAAGACCGCAGAGAUGAAUGAACGCUUGCAGAAAAUGGGAGAAUCUUCUCUGAGAAAUUUUAGAAUGGACACUGAACAAAGUUUGUACAAGUUUGAAGGAGAAGAUUAUAGAGAAAAACAGAAGCUUGGGAUGGUGGAAUGGAUCGAACCUCCUAAACGAGAACGCAAAGCAAACUACGCAGUGGAUGCCUACUUUAGAGAGGCUUUACGUGUCAGUGAGCCAAAGGUUCCAAAGGCUCCCCGACCUCCAAAGCAGCCAAAUAUUCAGGAUUUUCAGUUUUUCCCACCACGUUUGUUUGAGCUCCUGGAAAAGGAAAUUCUUUAUUACAGGAAGACAAUAGGCUAUAAGGUCCCAAGGAAUCCUGAUAUCCCCAAUCCAGCUGUGGCUCAAAGAGAGGAGCAAAAAAAGAUUGAUGGAGCUGAACCUCUUACACCAGAAGAGACUGAAGAAAAAGAAAAACUUCUCACACAAGGAUUCACAAACUGGACAAAGCGAGAUUUUAACCAGUUUAUUAAAGCUAAUGAGAAGUAUGGAAGAGAUGACAUUGAUAAUAUAGCUCGAGAGGUGGAGGGCAAAUCACCUGAAGAGGUCAUGGAGUAUUCAGCUGUCUUUUGGGAACGUUGCAAUGAAUUACAGGACAUUGAGAAAAUUAUGGCUCAGAUUGAACGUGGAGAAGCAAGAAUUCAACGAAGGAUCAGUAUCAAGAAAGCCCUGGAUGCCAAAAUUGCAAGAUACAAGGCUCCAUUUCAUCAGUUACGUAUUCAGUAUGGAACCAGCAAAGGAAAGAACUAUACUGAGGAAGAAGAUAGAUUCUUGAUUUGUAUGUUACACAAAAUGGGCUUUGACAGAGAAAACGUGUAUGAAGAAUUAAGACAGUGUGUACGGAAUGCUCCUCAGUUUAGAUUUGACUGGUUUAUCAAGUCUAGAACUGCCAUGGAAUUCCAGAGACGCUGUAAUACUCUGAUUUCAUUGAUUGAGAAAGAAAAUAUGGAAAUUGAGGAAAGAGAGAGAGCAGAAAAGAAGAAACGGGCAACUAAAACUCCAAUGUCACAGAAAAGAAAAGCAGAGUCAGCUACUGAGAGCUCUGGAAAGAAGGAUGUCAAGAAGGUGAAAUCCUAAAGCCUAGAAAUAAAGUUUUAAAUGGGAAACUGCUAUUUUCUUGUUCCCAUCUUCAAAUGCUAAUUGCCAGUUCCAGUGUAUUCAUGGUACUCUAAGAAAAAUCUCUUUGGUUUGAUUUCUUGCAUAUUUUAUAUAUUUUACAAUGCUUUCUACCUGAAAUGUGUAGCUUUAUAUUUUAUGCAUUCUAGUAUUUUUGUGUACUGUAUUUUGUGCAUUUCAUGUCUUCAUCAAAAUCCUCUCAGUCCUUGUUCUUUUGAAGCUUGUGCUGAGGUUUUAGCUUUUCUAUGUUUUAUAUGCCGCUGCUUUGAAAGAGAACCUAGAUUCUAUAGCUGUAUUAUUGUUGUUUCAUACUUUAAAUUUAUAUGGCUGUGGAAAAAUGAAUUAAAAUGAUUUGAGGAGAAAGACUUUUUCACUUCUUUGUUGCUUUCUUUUCUAUUGAGUAUGGGCUUGUAUGUGUUACUGCAUACUGUGAUUAGCAUAAUAAUUGUUUCUUUUGAGGUCAUCUAAAUAUUUUUUUCCUAAAGGAAUAAAGGGUGAGAACAGAAAAAUAUUAAAAAAAAACUAAUAUUUGAUACUGUGCUUGCUGUCAGUAUGCAUUACAUUUAAAUUAUUCUCUAAAUAUUCAAGUGGGAAAAUAUAAUAAAG